GCCUCUUGCUUCUUGCGUAGACUGGCGUACAGCUGUUUCACGUUGCUAAAAUUCUGCGCAAACUGGUUUACAUUCAAGAGAGUGAUGCGGAGAAGGCAGCAGCAGGAAAAUAAAGGGAUUCUUGUUUGGCUGCCUUUUGGACGGACAGACCCCCGCCUCAGCUCGCCCACUAUGCGGAGGUUUAAGGACAUCAACGCAGUCCACACAGGCCGCAUAUAGCGGAUAUUUUAUGGAGGGUGGGACGAGGGAGAGGCUGUGAGGCUGUGGGGCUGAGAGGCUGGAGAGUCCGGGCAUCAGCUGAGCUCGGGAGAGCAGCGUUAGCAACUAGCCUUCGUGACAGAAACGCUUAUAACGGGACACCGAGUCUCCAGAAAGGGCAGCUCCCGGGUCCAGUUCAGUCACCAUGGCCACUAAUGGAAGCAGUUUGACGCCGGGGAUGGGAGAGAUAAUCCAGCUGAACGUCGGCGGGACGCGGUUCAGCACCUCCAGACAGACUCUGAUGUGGAUCCCAGACUCUUUCUUCUCAAGUUUACUGAGUGGGAGGAUAUCCACUCUUCGGGAUGAAACUGGAGCUAUAUUUAUUGACAGAGACCCUACAGCUUUUGCACCAAUUUUGAAUUUCCUCCGAACCAAAGAACUGGACCUGCGGGGUGUCAACAUCAGCGUCCUGCGUCAUGAAGCAGAGUUCUACGGCAUUACUCCGUUAGUACGCCGCCUGUUGCUGUGUGAAGAACUGGACCGCUCAUCAUGCGGUAGUGUUCUCUUCCACGGCUACCUGCCGCCCCCAGCCAUCCCUGCCCGCAAGUCGAGCCCUGCCCCCGCGGUGUCUGGCUCUGACGAGAGGCCGGGUCCAAGUGGAGCGGAGGGCUUCACCCGUGUCGGCCCCCUUCCUCACCCGGCCUUCUCUGGCUCACCUGGAACAGAGGACAUCCAUAAAGUGGGUCCCAUGGUUGACCCUAGGAAAGUGUUGAUUGUAGCGGGACACCACAACUGGAUUGUAGCAGCUUAUGCACACUUUGUCAUCUGCUACAGGAUAAAGGAGUCGUCUGGAUGGCAGCAGGUGUUUUCCUCCCCCUACCUUGACUGGACCAUUGAGCGUAUCGCGCUAAACGCCAAGGUGGUUGGUGGCCCGCAUGGAGACAAGGACAAGAUGGUGGCUGCUUCCUCUGAGAGCAGCAUCAUCCUGUGGAGCAUCCAAGAUGGAGGCAGUGGGAACGAGAUAGGUGUGUUCAGUCUCGGCGUACCUGUUGAUGACCUCUUCUUCAUCGGGAGCCAGCUGGUGGCUACGAGCCACACGGGAAAGGUUGGGGUGUGGAACGCUGUCACACAACACUGGCAGGUGCAAGAUGUGGUUCCUAUCACCAGUUGUGACACAGCAGGAUCCUUCCUCCUGCUGGGCUGCAACAACGGCUCUAUCUAUUACAUAGACAUGCAAAAGUUUCCACUGAGGAUGAAGGACAACGAUCUGUUGGUGACUGAGCUUUAUCACGACCCUUCAAACGAUGCCAUCACUGCGCUGUCCGUCUACCUCACACCUAAAACCAGUGUGAGUGGGAACUGGAUAGAAAUAGCCUACGGGACGAGCAGUGGCGCAGUGAGAGUGAUCGUGCAGCAUCCUGAGACAGUGGGGUCGGGGCCUCAGCUCUUUCAGACGUUCACUGUGCACAGGAGCCCAGUGACGAAGAUCAUGUUGUCUGAGAAACAUCUGGUAUCAGUGUGCGCGGACAACAACCACGUUCGGACGUGGACGGUGACCCGAUUCCGGGGAAUGAUCUCCACGCAGCCAGGCUCCACCCCUCUGGCCUCCUUUAAGAUCCUGUCCCUGGAGGAGACGGAGAGCCACGGGAGCUACGGCUCCGGGAACGACAUAGGUCCGUUUGGAGAGCGAGACGAUCAGCAGGUCUUCAUACAGAAGGUCAUCCCCAUCACCAACAAGCUGUUUGUGAGGCUCUCAUCCACUGGAAAAAGGAUCUGUGAGGUGCAGUCAGUGGAUGGGACCACCAUCUCAUGCUUCAUGGUGCGGGAGUGUGAGGGCUCCAGCCGAAUGGGAUCCCGGCCUCGGCGCUACCUGUUCACCGGUCACGGCAACGGCAGCAUCCAGAUGUGGGACCUGACCACCGCCAUGGACACCGCCAACAAAGGAGAGGAGAAGAAGAAAGAAGAUGUUGGUGGGCCCACAGAAGAGGAGCUGCUACAGCUGUUGGACCAGUGCGACCUGAGCACUUCCCGCUGUGCAACACCCAACAUUAGCCCCGCCCCAUCUGUUCUGCACCACGCACGCCUCAGGGAGUCCUGCUCCAGUCUGCAGUUACAGGCCCAGGAGACCAUCCCCGAGAGCCAGGCUACGUACGGAGCUGUGAGACCCUACAGAGAGAGCCCCCUGCUGGCCCGCGCCCGUCGAACCGAGUCCUUCCACAGCUACAGAGACUUCCAGAACUUCAGCCUGAGUCGAGGUGUCUUGGACAGCACAGGCCUGACGUCCUCUCAUGGCCCCAGCCAGACGCCCGAUGCCCGCCGUUCCCUCUGUGACUUCGGGGCUGAGGACAGCGAGAGGAGAGCCUCGGUCAUGGAGCUCUGGUCUCACCGAACCACCAGCGGAAGCUCUAGCACGAGCGUCGCAGCCAUGACGGCCGCUGGCGUCUCCGGGGCCAAAGCAGAGGGCAGUCAAGAAUCUCCACGGCAACCUCCAGACAGCCCCAUCCCAGGAGGUGACGUGAGGCGAAAGGUGCAUCCUCAGCUGGAGGACGGGGAGGCUGCUGGACCGGGGGGAGAAGGGGCGAAGGUGGACGGAGGCGCGAGGAAGAGGGGAGUGCUGGACGGGGGCUUUCUAUCGAGGAAGAGGGCUCCUCCGGUUCCUCACCUCUCCUCCGUCCCGUCCGGAUCGGAAGGUGGCGGCAGCGACUCUUCGUCAAACGCGUCGCCUUCCCCAACCAAGCUGGGCGCCGCCACCUCGCCCCGACACAGGAAGCUGGCACCUGAGACGUCCAGCCUGGACAGCAGCCUGUGAGAGUUUCGGAUCCCAGUCAGCGGUAUUGUCUUGUUGGGGGCAUCCUGCACGUAGGACAUAUUAUUUUGGAGAUGAGGGCUGAAUAUAACAGAGGAAACACAGAAUCAGCUGCAGGCGACAUCGCCUUCUGGCUCCACCCUUCUUUCAUGGUUCAGGAUGUUUGUUUCUCUCAGACACAAGGGACCACCAUGCAGAAGCAGAAACAACAUCCCGACGAUAACAGCAUCUCAAGCAGAACAGGAAUGCAUUUUGUUUUUGAUUUCACUUUGAUCAGUCUUGUGAAAAAUGUUCUGGGUGCAACUGGAGCUCCUACCAUCUCAGUCUGCCUUUGCUGUUUGUUGGAAGUGAUUGGGGAUGCUGUUAGCACUUUAAAGUUUCAGACGCGAGUCAGACAGUAAUUAGCCUGCUAAGAAGUUUGAAAUUGUUUCCGUCUGGACAUCUUAAAGGACACACAGUAGCUGCACAGGUCAGGUACAGACACGGGUGUGUUGUUGCUGCCUGUUGGGUGGAAGCACAAGCGUCAGUUCUCAGAUAAGUGUAGACUGAAUACUUUAAGGUUCUGCAAACUACAAAGAUACCACAGCACAGUAGUAACAAUAGAAUCAAGACUCUUAACACUUGAAGAGUGUUAAACAGCUACACAAUGCAGUUAACAAAGGCACACCUUAUUGGAAUAACUUUAUCCAGCACUGGAUCUUAACCUUUUAAAGUUAUACAGAACAUCUGCAUUUAAACAGACAUCACAACUAAAAUGUGUUGAGAUCUUCAACCCUUAAUCUCCAUGAUCAAAUACUUCUACUUAUUGCAUACAGCAGGAAAAGCAGCAAAGACGAAGACACUAGCUUCAUGGAGAUUUGUCAGAAGACAGAGUUCAUUAUUAUAUCAGUAUGUGCAGUUUAACUCACCUUGAACACGUGACCUUAGCCAGAAUCUUGGCAGCUACUUCGGCCCCAAAAAUACUCUGCUGCAGCCUGAGACACAUUUGUUGUUCUUUUCAAAGCAGUGACACUAAAAGCCAACCAACAGCAAGCGGUUAGGUCACGUUGCAGCUCCAGCAGUGCAAUAAAACGCUCACGGUUUGUUGUUCAGCAGCUCAGUACUAUGCAACAGUGGAGUUGUGAUGCACAACAGUAACUCUCUGGUUUGAGUUCUACAUGGACGAUCGCCCUCUGAAACACUGAACCCACAUGUGGGCCUGUGUCGGCUUCUCACUUCAAUUGUCAGACUUGUACCUGUUCGUUCCAGCCCAGUAGCAUUACGUUGUUUACUUCUGUAUAAAUCCUCUGUAAGGGCACAACACUGGGAGCCGUGGUGUGCGACGCGUGACAGUGAAGUGUGUCCCAGUGCCGUACUUUAAUAAGCGUUUUUAAAUGUGAAUAUGGAAGCAGAGAAGAGAAAUCAUCUGGUACAUGUUUUAUUGCUCACAUUUGUGACGUUCCCGCUUCAGUUUAGUCAGUGUACUUUUUUUUUUUCCACUGUGGUGCCUGUGCAAGAAUCACGCUAAUUAUUUAUUUUUUUAUUUGAUUCCUUUUUCCACAAUCACAUCGCUACACUCAGCUUAACACGAGGACCUACACUACAUCACUUUAGUCCCUUUGAAGCAGGUUUUUAAUGUGCGCCGUGUUGGAUGACUGUUGCAGUGCCUUAUUUAACUUGUUUAAGGGUUAUCAGCCUGUUUGUGUGUGUUUUAACUCAAAGAGAUGUGCGACCAAAGGCUCGUGAAACGGAGCUCACGGCGGAGGCGUGUGACGGACCUGUCCACUCUGGAUUCGGCUAGGAUUGUGUUUUAACAGAUUUACAGCAGGUCAAACGAGACUUUGUGAGUGGCAUUACAUAUAAAAUAAUCUAUUGUAUGUUAUCAGUAAUCUAUCGACAUAGAUUAAUAUCGGAAAAAAAAAACCAGGCUUCUUCCUGAGACAUUUAAUCUGUAGCUUGUUCUUUGUCUAGAUCCCUGUGGAGUUUCCACUAGUAGUUUGAAAUGACUCUGGUACUCUGUUAUAGCUACUGUGGGGACAAACCUGGAGAACGAGACAGAACAGAAACGACCUGAAAUCUUUUAUCGUGUAACAUUUCUGUAUUAAACAUAAAUGCUUGUACAAAGACGUAGACUUUGAUACACUAACUGUACGGAAAGUAGACAUACAUAUUGAAGACAAAAUCCUAACCAGGAUGCAUUGAUAUGUGCGAUAGUGUGUUGAUACAUAUACACUGUUCAUAUAAGGCCUAUGUUGGUAUUACCAUGUUAUCGGACCUAACUGCAUUUGCACUUGCACUAAGAAGACUAAUACUACAGUAACUCGCUAGUUUAUUUUCUAUACAAAUAUACAGUUUAAAGUGUAUUUCAGCACAUAGUUUGUCCGUCGUCCCUCAAUUCCCCUCUGGCUAUGUUUACAUUAUAUUACAGCCAGAUGCUAAUAAGUGAAAAAGAAAUCUACAUAUCUGAUUAUUUAAACUGCCCUGUAUGUCGUUGUUUUACAUCGUGUAUGUUAUAAAUGCUGCGUUAUGUUGUGAUAUUAUUUGCAUUUGCCUGAUCAAAUAUAAAGCUGGCAUUGAGUCACAGUUGUCAUUUUAAACUGGAA